GUGUCAUUAUGAAGUACUGAAGCCUGGGUUGCAUUAAAAGAUGGGGUCAUUGGGUCAGCAGAAACCUCAUGUAGUGGUCUUCCCUUACCCAGCCCAGGGGCAUAUGAAUCCAUUAAUGGAGUUUGCCAAGAGGCUUGUCUGCAGAAACGUCCUUGUAACCUUCAUCGCCACAGAGAGAAUCAGAGAACAAAUGAAACAGGCUCAAGAGGGGGCUGCUGCUCAUGUGACCAGUGCUUUACAGGAUAUCAGAAUUGAAACAAUUUCAGAUGGGCUUUCUCCCGAUUGUGAGAAGACCAAAGACGUAGACAUGAUACUUGAUUUGUUGAAAAAGGUGGGAGGUCUUACAUUUGAACGGGUGAUAGAGAGGCUCAAUUCUCAAGGUGAUACAGUGUCUUGUAUUGUUUAUGACUCUUUUCUGGAUUGGGUACCUGAUAUUGCAAACAAGUUUAAUGUUCCUUCAGCGUUCUUCUGGACGCAGUCAUGUGCAGUUUAUUCUAUCUAUUAUCAUUUUUACACAGGAAUGGUGAAAGCAAAAGAUGAAGCAGGGAAGAUGAGGGAUGUUAUAACAAUACCAGGGCUUCCACCACUAUGCCAAUCAGACAUGCCAUCCUUUCUACAGCCUUCAAAUACAUACCCGUCAUUGUUAAAGUUAGUGCUGAACCAAUUCAGGCCUGUUUCUCAGGCCACAUGGAUAUUAGGAAACUCCUUCAAUGAAUUGGAAAUGGCAGAGAUACAAUCCAUGGAUUCACUCAUUCCAAUAAGAACAGUAGGCCCUCUUCUUCCCUCGGCUUUCCUGGAUGGAAACAAUCCACAAGACCAAGACGUGGGCACACAUCUUUGGAAAACAGCAAAUUGUAUAGACUGGCUCAAUACAAAGGAAGCCUCAACUGUUGUAUAUGUUUCCUUUGGCAGUUUAGCUGUUAUUUCCAAAGAGCAGAUCAUAGAAAUAGCCCUUGGGCUGAAGGCCAGUCAGCAUUUCUUUUUGUGGGUGAUUCGUCCUGAUCAUGACAAUGAAGAAAAUAACGACAUAGAUGAUUUUCUAAAAGGUUUCCUUGGGGAAACUGUAGAUCAAGGGCUAGUUGUUUCAUGGUGUCCACAGAUGGCAGUGCUUAAUCAUCCUUCUGUGGGUAUGUUUGUUACGCACUGUGGAUGGAAUUCUACAUUGGAGAGCCUCAGCUCAGGGUUACCAGUCCUAACUAUUGCUCAGUGGACCGAUCAAACAACUAAUUCUAAGUAUAUUGAAGAUGUAUGGAAGACUGGGAUAAGAUUGAAUAGAACAAGAGAUGGGCCAGUUGGGAGGGAUGAAGUAGAGAAAUCUAUCAACACAAUUAUGGAAAGUGAAGAAGGUGUGGAAUUGAGGAAGAAUGCUUUGCAUUGGAAGACAUUAGCAAAGAAAGCAAUGGUAAAAGGUGGAUCUUCUGAUAAGAAUAUCGAUUGGUUUAUUCAUGAAGUAAUUACUAGAGCAACGCUAGCUUGACGCAUAACAAUUGAUCGGAACUAAACUUCCUUUUAACAAGGAAUACCGAACUAUGGCAUCUAAAAUGUUUUUUUCAAGUGGAUAAAUUAAUAUAUUAUGUGGUUGUGAUUGUUGCAUUCUA